AUGUUAUUCCACUCAUUCAUCAACUGGCUCUCCUUUGGCUCGAUUGCCUUUGCUGGUAUCAUUCCACUACGGGCCGAUCCGUUGCUAUCCGAUCGAGAUCUUGAGAAUCGACAAGAUGGUGCAUGCACGAAUGGACCACGCACCCGAAACUGCUGGAGCAACGGAUAUAGUAUCUCAACUGACUUCGAUGCCAAAGCCCCGCCCGAUGGCGUAACUGUUACACCCAACCCAGACGGAAGUGGUGGGAGCCGACCAAUGAUGCUUAUCAAUGGACAGUAUCCAGGACCUCUCGUCCGUGCUAAAUGGGGCGACACGAUCGUUGUCAAUGUCAAAAACAACUUGCAGGACAAUGGUACUGGCAUCCAUUGGCAUGCCGUCAGACAACUGAACUCUUGUCAACAUGAUGGAGUUCCAGGAGUCACAGAAUGCCCCAUUGCUCCAGGGAAAACUCGACAAUAUAGAUUUAGAGCUACGCAGUUCGGUACAUCAUGGUAUCACUCGCAUUGGUCUGCUCAGUACGGUGAUGGUAUUGUUGGUCCCAUGAUUAUCGAUGGACCAGCAACAGCCAACUACGACGAAGAUCUUGGUGCUUUACCACUGACGGACUGGUAUUACACCCCUGUAUUCACCCUCAACGAGGUAGCGCAACAUUCCUUAACGGGUCCACCAUUUGCAGACAACAUUCUGGUCAAUGGAACCCAUGUCAACCUCAACGGCGGUGGUAGCUAUGCCAGAAUGAACGUUGUUAAAGGAAAGAGCUACCGCAUUCGUAUUAUCAACACAUCUGUCGAUAAUGUGUUUAGUGUGUCGAUGGACAAUCAUCCUUUCACCGUAAUAACCGCGGAUUUUGUUCCUAUCAAAUCGUGGGUUACCAACCAACUGACGCUCGCUAUCGGUCAACGAUACGAUGUAGUCAUCAAUGCCAACCAAACGGUUGACAAUUAUUGGUUUCGUGUAUCAGUUGGAACAGAUUGUGGACGGAACUCGUUCCAAGGAAAAGGCGUCCAGAUGGGAGCUGUCCUACAUUACGACGGUGCUCCCAACGGCAACCCUGCUCCCUCGACAGGCUUUGCUUUGAAAACAUCGUGUGAAGACGAGCCGUCCGAAAAACUCGUCCCAUUCGUGCCGAACACAGUCCCAUCUUCUGUCGUUAGUAACGCCGACCAAUUGACGGUUGAAAGCUUCCAGGACCCGAAUACACGCCUUUUCAGGUGGCUCAUUGAUGGCAGUCCUCACAUCGUAGACUGGAACAAUCCUUCUCUUGAGACCGUCCUUGCAGGCUCCACAAACUUUGGAACGAAUUCCAACGUACAUGAAAUGACUGGUAAUGGGUGGUACCUAUGGUGGAUUCAGUCAACCGCAGCUGUCCAACUCCCCCAUCCUAUCCACUUGCACGGACACGACUUCUACAUCGUCAAAACGGGCUCAGGGAUUUGGGAUGGAACUACAACUGGCUUGAAUCUCAAUAACCCGACCCGUCGCGAUACUGCAACGCUUCCGAGGAAUGGCUAUAUGCUCAUGGCUUUCCCCGCUGAUAACCCCGGCAUGUGGAUUAUGCACUGCCACAUUGCUUUCCAUGCCUCGCAAGGACUCAGUAUGCAAUUCAUGGAGCGCAAGGGAGAGAUUCAGAGUGUCCUGGGCGACACGAGUGAAUUUAAGAAAGGCUGUGAUGAGUGGGAUGGAUACUGGUUUGAUGGCAAUCAUCCCUACAAUCAGACCGACUCUGGUAUUUGA